AGUAGAGUGACAAGCCGCCGCUCUACUUCCGGCCAGGCAGUUCCGGUUGGCGCUGUAGUUUGUGAGGGGAAGUGGAGGGGGGAAUAGAAAGAAGACGAAAACGGGACCGGCGUGACUUGAACCUGUCUGGCGUCCUUCUUGUCGCGCUCUGCCGCUUGUGGUGAAGCAGGAGAAGGAGGAGAAGGCAGCGGGGCUGAAGGUAUGUCAGAACACAGCGAGAAUUCCACAACUGUUGAUGGACCUCACCAGGCUCCAGAAGAUGUCCAGUCUGACUCUGAGGGUGUUUCAAUGGCUCAAGAAUCUCCCAAAAAUUCAGCAGCAGAAAUCUCGGUGACAAGCAAUGGAGAACUUGAGGAUGCACAGGAGCACAGCUUCAAUAGGGACUUCAAGCGGUCCCUACAAGCUGGACUUGGUUUGUCUGAAACUCAAAUUACAUCACAUGGCUUUGAUAGCACCAAAGAGGGCAUCAUUGAAGCUGGACCUUUUCAAGGUCCCUCACUACCUAUGUCACCUGUUAUAUCACCUAGCAGUGCAGCAGCUAGCAGACUGGCUGGACAAGGGAGUGAUUUAAUUAUUCCAAAAGGCAAUGUAAGAGUACAACAAAAAAGUGGACCAGUUGUUCUAGCAGAGGAGACAAAGAAUCCAGCAAUGGAAAAACUAGAGCUUGUAAGGAGAUGGAGUCUGAACACAUACAAGUGUACUCGUCAGAUUAUUUCUGAGAAACUGGGUCGAGGCUCACGAACAGUAGAUCUAGAAUUGGAAGCACAAAUAGAAAUUCUGCGGGAUAAUAAAAAGAAGUACGAGAAUGUCCUGAAGCUGGCCCAGACCUUGUCAACUCAACUUUUCCAGAUGGUGCAUACCCAAAGACAGCUUGGAGAUGCAUUUGCGGACUUGAGUUUGAAAUCACUAGAACUACAUGAGGAAUUUGGAUACAAUGCAGAUACUCAGAAGCUUCUUGCUAAAAAUGGUGAAACACUCCUGGGAGCAAUUAAUUUUUUUAUUGCCAGUGUGAACACUUUGGUAAAUAAAACUAUUGAAGAUACAUUACUGACUGUGAAACAAUAUGAAAGUGCCAGGAUCGAAUAUGAUGCUUAUCGCACUGAUCUAGAAGAAUUGAAUCUUGGCCCACGUGAUGCAAAUACCUUGCCAAAGAUUGAGCAAUCACAGCAACUGUUCCAGAUACAUAAAGAGAAAUAUGACAAAAUGCGUAGUGAUGUAUCAGUUAAAUUGAAGUUUUUGGAGGAAAACAAGGUCAAAGUAUUGCACAAUCAGCUUGUUCUGUUCCACAAUGCCAUUGCAGCAUACUUUGCAGGAAACCAGAAACAGCUUGAACAGACACUUAAACAAUUCCAUAUCAAAUUGAAAACGCCUGGAGUAGAUGCUCCAUCCUGGCUGGAAGAUCAGUAAGAGAACCGAGCACAAAGAUCUCUCCGUCAACUGAGGAUCGUGUGUGGCUAAUGAGAAUCAAGGAACUUACAAGGACUGUUUGUAGUGAUAUUUGCACAAGCAGCUUUAAUUUCUCCCCCCUUGAUAAUGAAUACUGUAGUAAUUUGGGAAGGUGGGUGGAUAUAACCAAAUGUAAUUUGUCAUUUUAGUAACAACGUUUUGUAUUUGAGUGAGGGUGGACGGUUUUCUGUCUUAGGGAAAUAUAGAUUUGCACUGACAAAUAUGUUUGUGAUCUCUGGUAAUUGUGGUGACUAGGUGAGAUUUUUUUCCAAAGGGAGAUGCCUGUGAUUUGUAUCAACAUCUGAAAUUUUAUAUAAAUGUAUUAAACAUCUCUAAAGAAUCUUUUUUCAUGUAAUUGUAUUUAAAGAACAAAUAUUUUAGAGUAAUAAUACAGGGCUUUCAAACAAACCCACAAAAUCAGUGCCUGGCUGAUAUGUGGAAUGGUAACAAAUAUAUUUGGUUUUUUUUAAAGUUGGCCUUUUCCAUUAUAUGUUCACAAACACUAAAUUUUGAAAUAUUAUCUUGGUCUGAAGCUUUUAAGAAAAAAAUUAACAAUGUAAAGAUAAUUUGCUCAGAUAGCAGAACUUUGCCCUACUGAUUUAAUUCUUAACUUUCUAUUUUUAAAAGCACACCUUUACUUGCCUUAAAUUCAAAAGUGCCUUUUACAAUACUUUCUACAUGGUGUACAUAAUCUAUCAGAAGCCCCAUUUGGGUUGAUCUCUUUAUAAAGAGAUAGACUAAGGCAGUCUGGACUAUGUUUGCUUCUGUUUGAACUCUAGACAAUGUCCUCUGACUGUAGUGGAUUCUGUUUUUUAAUCAGUACUUACUUGAUGUACUUUUCCUCCUUUAUUAUAGCCUUUUAAAAACUCACUGUUCUUGAGCAUCCUUUUUGCACAUUUUCCACUGCUUUUUUGUGUUUAUAUAAAUGAAGUACCUAAAGUAACUUAUCACAGCUUAUAUGGAUUGUAUAAUUAUGUAUGAUAUGUUGAAAUGGAUUUUGUUGCUUCUUAAAAUGGUCAUGUUUUAGUCUUAAUGUAAAAUAUUUGUCAAGGACAUCUUUAACCAUUCCUCAUUAUAUCCUUGUCUGAGUCCCAAAUUAUUUUUGUGCUGUCUUGCAGUAACUUUGUUACCAUUCCUUAAAAUGUUUAUCCAUUGUUAACUUUGUAUUCAUAGUAAAGGUGUUUGCUGCUGCAACCUGUUUACUUUAUUUCAUCAGAUUUAUGAAUUAAAAUCACCACCAGCUAUGAUUUUUACAGAUAGCAAAGGGAUUGCUAUUAUUUAUUCAUUUAUAUCUUGCCUUUCCCCCUAAAUUGGAACUCAAUAUAUUUUACAGAACACUUAAACAAAUGCAUUUAUCUUUAAACCAGCCAAAACCUUUUGUCACCUGCUGCUUUCCUGAUUAAAACCAACUUACUUUCUUUUCCAAACAAAUGCCCACAAGGAAGUGAGUACAUCAGAAAUGAAAUCUGUCUCUCUCCUUUGUUCACUUGUUCCCAAAAGUCAGAUUACUGGUUCUGUCCUUGGACCCUGUGUAGCCUUGUCAGGAACUAAGCAGUGGGGUAAAGGCAUUACAUAAGCAUGCUAGGUCAAUGUCAGAAGCAAAACUUUAAAUCAGUGGUUCUCAACCUGUGGAUUCCAAGGUAUUUUGGCCUGCAACUCCCAGAAAACCUCUCUAGUUUACCAGCUAUUAAUAUUUCUGGGAGUUGAAGGCCAAAACAUUUAGGGACCCACAGGUUGAGAACCACUGCUUUAAAUGAUCAUAGUAUGGUGUCUCCUUUUGUGAUUUUAAAGCUUGCCAACUGACCUUCAAUCCUCAUUGGUUUUGUACUAGCUGAUGAGAAGCCUGAUCUAAAUUUACUGCUUUCUUUUUUUACCACCAAUUUUUUUUGUUACACGAUCAUUACAAUAUAUUGUUGCUUGGAAAAUCCUUUUUCUUCCCAGCAUUAAAAAAGAAAGAGAAAAUUAUGCUUGGCAGGGAAGAAGGCAGUAGAAAAAGACUGUAUUACAGGUGGAUAAAUUCAGUCAAAAAAACUACCGUUCUGGGCUUGCAGCUCCUCAACAGGACUGUAGAAAGCAGUGUGACUUGGAGGUGUCUCAUCCAUAGGUUGUCAUUAGUUGACAUCUACUUUAAUCUGACCAGCAUUGCGUAGAAAUGAAAGAAACCAAAUUCCUUUCAGUGGAUGUUUUGAACAUUUAGGAAAGAAGUCACUGGACCACCAGAAACUUCUCCCUUACUCACAGCUUCAUAGGCCACAUGCAUUAAGAUUGCACGAGCAACUCACAUCUCAGGAGGAUUUAGGGAAUGGAAUUUGUCUUAACUCAUCAGUGAUUCCCUCCCCGACCACUCCUUUUAUCAGCAUCUCGUGCCACCCAGCCCUUUCCCUUACUGUGUUCUCUUCCUUAACUUUCACCCGUAUCCUUAACAUCUUCUAGUAUCCUCCUGCCUUCAUUUACUGUGACAUGAAUAAUAUGCAGUGAUCUCUAGCUAGUCCACUUUCUCGUUUUCUUUCAACAUACCUUUUCUUCAUUUUUUGGUAUCCACAACUGCUUCUUGUACCUUUAGAAGGAAGGUGUGAUUAAAACUGUCAACUGUGGUUUAUAUGAAACAAGGUAACUUGUAACUGUGCUGUAUAUAUCUCAUUACAGUGUUCCCUCACUACUUUGCGGUUCACUUUUCACUCGCUGUUUCACAGUUUUUUCCUGAACGGUGGUGCCUGCCGCCAGUUUCCUUUUUGUGCAUGCGCCCUCCCACUCAUCGGCAUUCAGCUGGGCCACUGGGUGCCGACGAGAGGGAGGCGCAUGCGCAAAAGGGAAACUGGCAGACGCCGGAGAGGAGGGCGCCAAGAAGCACAGGAAGAAGGCUUGCAAAGGGGACAAAGGCCACCUAAGUACUAAUAUAAUGUGUAAAUAUUACAUAUAGUGUCCCUACUUUGCAGAUUUUCACUUAUUUUGGGUGGUCCUGGAACGUAACCCCCGCAGUAAGUGAGGAUACACUGUAAUUUAUCCUUGUGUAAACUAAUCAAAUGUAUGUAGAUUGUUUAUAAUUUCAGUUUCAGGCAAUGGCCCACACUUGUUAAGUCUGCCAGAUUUUGUAGGAAUGGAAGAGGUCCAAUUUGCCAAUAAAGGAAAUUGAGGUCA